CUAAGGCCAAUGAGAUUGUGUGAGAUUUAGCGCGUUGCGUUGUAGAGGCGUUGUCAUUCCUACUAAACUUUUUUGUACCUGCUAGGAGUGAGAACCACCACAACAAGAACAGUAAGUACAUUAAGCAAUCAAAGCGGGUUGAUUGAAAAUGUGUAUGGAGGAUGGAAAAAUAUGUUCCCUCAGUCUUUUCGAACGGGUCCCCGAAGUGAACGCGACCGUACAACCUGCAAGAUAAGUUAAGGCGAGAAGCCCCUUAUUUUCUUUGUUUUGGCUCUUCAGUAGCCACUGAAGUCUGCUGGUUUAUCUAGUGGACCCACACCUAACCUAACCUUAACGACCAGUUCUGUUGCAUAGGUGGGUACCCAUUGCCAUUGUUCUCAAAGCGGACAACGGGAAUGUUGGAAAUAGGACAUAGUAGUUGCAUCUAUUUUAUUUUGAGGACCUCCGCUAGCUCUUGCGAUCAGGUAGUUGCAGUAUACACCGACGAAUUAGCAGCCACCGGGAGCAGGAAUUAACAAGAAUUUCUAACUCCCACUUUUGCAGCCUCUCUUCUAUUGUUGUCUGCGCUGCUGGCGCUGUUUCUUUUGCCAAGGGGGUGCGCGACUCGAAGAGGAAGAUAAUCUACUGGACUGGCGAUAUGAACAAUUAAGGCUAGUAGAGGUCAUGUUUUAGGGGCACUAUUACUCAUUCAUUGUAAUGAUGUACUCAAUGCAGGUUCACAAAAUUAACCCAGCACAACAACGCUAAUAAUAGAGGACCCUGCAGCGACUCCACAGCCACCACGUCAGCCUAUGAGACUGGUCGUUUAGCGCGACUUUCUCCUCAGCGUCGCCUACUCAUCCAGUACAGACGAAUACUGAAGGAGCUUUCGAGACGGCGCACCGAAUACGAGUUGAUUGGUGAAAAACUCAAAUGAAAAGCUUUGCCUUUCCAGUACAACAACAUCCGAGCAGUAGAAGUACAAGUUACAAAAAUUUCAUCAACCUUCGAUAUUACUUACGUAAAAGUAGACGAGACAACGAUAAGCAAUGCAGCAGGGUGGACAGAACAACAAGCGUGCAGCUGUAAUUCACGAUUCAAUUGAAUCCGGUGACAGCCAAAGCCUCGCUUUGGAUCCUGAGCAGACUGAUGCACGUGCUAUCUCGGAAGCACCACCACCAAGCCAGGUAAUGUUGAAAUUGAUGUUGUGAUUCUUCAAUACUUGAAAGUAGCAGCAGGUAGAAGAAGAAGAUGAAGAUCAUCAACAUCUGAUUCCGAUCAAGGACGAAAACACAGGGGAACAGGAUGAACAGAAGAAAGAACGACAGGUGGAUCGAGGAAUAGAAGCGAUAUAAACGGGUCUUGGGCUCGUACACGAUUCACGAAGCAGAGAACAAGACCAAGAACUACACGAC